AUGGCGCAGGACGGGGCGCCUCAGGGCCAGCCUGGGCCGCUGCGUUGGCUGCGCCAGGCGCGCUCGGCAGCGGAGAACCUGGCCUCCGACGGGCUCAGGAGCUUCCACCACGCGGUGGGCGAGGUGGACAUCCAGGGCGUCGACGGCGCGCUCAAGGAGGCCGCGGAGGCCGCGCUGGCGACGCGCCCGAACUUCGCCUACACGCAGCGCGACAUCCGCAACGACGUCGAACGUUUGUUCGAAAUGGGGUACUUCUCGUCGUGCCAGCCCAAGGCCGAGGACACGCGCGACGGCGUCCGCAUCACCUUCGUCGUGCAGCCGAACCCGGAGAUCAAGGGCAUCGUGGUGUCGGGCGCGAACGCGCUGCCGGUCAAGGUGCUCCAGGACGCGUUCGCGGGGCAGUACGGGCGCACGCUCAACUUCACGGACUUCUCGCGGGCGAUCCAGGUGAUCAACCGGUGGUACGAGAACCGCGGGCUGUUCGGGCAGGUCGCGGACGUGGAGAUGGUGCGCGGCGUCGCGGAGCUGCGCAUCGCGGAGGUCGCGGUGGGAAAAGUGGGGCUGCGGUUCCUAAAGGCGGGCUCCGGGGAGCCUGUGCGGGGCCGCACGCGUCCGGAGAUCAUCAUGCGGCACGUCACGACCAAACCCGGCCAGAUCUACUCGCUGCAGCAGGCCCGUCGCGACAUUGACUCGGUGUACUCAAUGGGGCUGUAUGAUGACGUCAGCAUGGUGCCGACGACGACGGAGGCGAACGGCCCGGGGGCGCCGCAGGUGGACCUCACGCUGAACGUCGUGGAGCGGCGCUCCGGCGGGCUCACGGCCGGCGGCGGCAUCAGCGCGUCCGGCGGCGACGGCGGCGGCAACCCCGGCUUCAUCGGGAACCUGGCGUACUCGCAGCGCAACCUGAUGGGCCUGAACCAGAAGCUGACGGCGAGCGUGGAGCUCGGGCAGUCGGACGUGCUCUGCCGGCUGAACCACACGGACCCGUGGGUGUGGGGCGACCCGCACCGCACGUCGCGCACGGUCACGCUGCAGAACACGCGGACCUCCGCGGCCGCGCUGCUCGGGCGCUCGCGCGCGGACCUCGAGGACGCCGCGCAGGAGCGCCAGCGCGGCGGCGGCGGAGCGCCGCACCACCGCGACCUGAUCAUCGCGCGCGCGCUGUGCGGCGUGGAGUGGUCGCGGCCGAUCCGCGAGGGCUGGACGGCCGGGGCCGGCGCGACGCUGUCGCGCGUGCGCUGCCUCGACGACGCCGGCGUGCCGUGUACGCGCGACCAGUACAUGGCCCCGGUGACGUUCUCCGGGACGGAGACGGACCUGCAGGCGGUGUUCAAGGCGCAGGUGGCGUUCUCGCCCGUCGAGGGCGAUGCGCAGCUGCUGGCGUCCGCGGAGUACGCGCCGCCCGGGCCGUCGGAGGCGUGGCUCAACUUUUGGCGCAUGCGGGUGCGCGGGGAGCGGCAGCUCCCGAUCGGGCCGUGCACGCUCGUGCUCGCGGGCAAGGGCGGCACCAUUAAGGGCGAUCUGCCGCCGUACGAGGCGUUCCCGAUCGGCGGCACCAACUCCGUGCGCGGGUACGAGGAGGGCGGCGUCGGCACCGGGCGUCAGUGCCUUGUGGGCUCCGCGGAGCUGCGCUGGCCGCUGUUGGCGCCGGUGGCCGGCUGUGCGUUCAUCGACGGCGGGACGGACCUCGGCACGGGCGAGAGCGUCAGCGGGGACCCCGCGGGCACGCGCGGGAAGCCCGGCAUGGGCUACGGCUUCGGCGCCGGCCUGCGCCUGGACUCGCCCGUCGGGCCGCUGCGGCUCGAGUACGCGUUCAACGACCGCGGGCAGAGCCGGUUCCACUUCGGUGUGGGAUCGCAGAUGUGA